UUGAAUAGUAUUAAUAACAUCGCUGCAUAGACUGGUUCCGGUCCUUUCACCUACGGUGGCCGAGCGGCGCAUAAACGGAAACGCGUUUCACGUGGCCCCCACGUGAAACGCGUUGCUGCUGUAGCUGCUGUAGCUCCCUCGUGUGGCCUCAAGCCGCGAUUACCGUUCCACAGCGGCCGCAGGACGAUUCUCUCGCUACGGGUCGGGCGGGUAUCUAAAUAAUGUUGCCUUAGUUUUACUGUUGGAGCCUUAAACAUUUACGUUGCAUUGUAGUAAUCCUACAAAUGGUCUCGUGUAACUAACAUGGCUUGCAGCGAGCAACAAUUCUACAACACACUGCUGGGAUGCUGGGAAAGGGCGUCCCCCUCUAACGACUGCGAGGAGUGUCGACGUUCCUGGUCUUAUGUUCUUCCACCUUCACGAGUGGCUAAUCACAAUUUUUUACGGCAUUGUUUUAAUGCUUAGACAGGAGCUUCCGCUUGAUGCACGUUUCAUUUGUAUGUCCAGUGACGUCUCUAUAAAGGUAGACGUACAGUACCGAGAGCCAAUCUGACGGGAUCUUUCCGUACGUAUCUCUGCAGUAGAAAGUAAAACCAACAUGCCAUGCCUUGCACAAACCUGCACACGCAGUAGGCCAAUAUCACAGAUCGCUUCUCGCAAGGGAGCGGCUUUUAUGAACUCAGUUCGGGGGCUCUGGAGGUGGUCACGAUCUGUGAGCUGUGAGCCACCAGGGCUGAGUGAGCUUCCCCCGGCUUCAGGUUCCCCGCAGUCCGCCUCGCCCGACCUGCACGACCACGAGGCGACUCUGUACGUACACUGGCCCUACUGCGCGCGGCGAUGCUCGUACUGCAACUUCAACAAAUACGUGUCGCGUGCCGUGGACCACGCACGCAUGCGCAAGUGCCUGGUGCGUGAGCUGGAGUCGUUGCUUCUUGCAAGCGGUGUCACAACGAUCUCGUCGGUUUUCGUGGGGGGCGGCACGCCAAGCCUGGCGGAGCCGCAGACGCUGGUAGCCGUGCUGGAGGCAGCGUCUCGGCUGGCGCUGGUCCCUGCUGGAGCCGAGGUUUCUAUGGAGGCGAACCCCUGCUCCGCUGCGACGCAGAGGCUCGUGGACUUCCGCGCCGCCGGGGUCAACCGCAUCUCGCUCGGUCUGCAGGCUCUAAGCGAUGCUGACCUAAAGACGCUUGGGCGAGACCACACGGCGGAGGAGGGCGUACAGGCGCUGGCCACGGCAAGCGCCGUCUUCCCAGGCCACGUGUCGGCCGACCUCAUGUUCGGGAGGCCGGGCCAGCAUCCCGACUCUUGGGAGCAGGAGCUACGGGCGUUGCUGGGGUCAGCCUCGACGCUGGGGCACGUGUCCCUCUACCAGCUAACGCUGGAGCGCGGCACGGAGUUGUUCGCCCGUGCCGCACGGGGGGAGCCGCUAGCCCUGCCUGACGCGGAUGCCUGCGCCGAGAUGUACAACACGGCCCGGGAAAUCCUGUCCCAGGCCGGACUCCGCCAGUACGAGGUGUCCAACUUUGCAAGGGAGGGAGCCGCAUCUGCACACAACCAAAGCUACUGGCUGGGGAAGCCGUACAUCGGAGUGGGACCGGGUGCUCAUGGGAGGUUUGUGGCGCGAGGAGAGGAGGGUGCGGCGCAGCGGGAGGCGAGGGUCCAGACGCUGGAGCCCGAGUACUGGAUGCGCGAGGUGGAGCGGCACGGACACGGCACCCGGAGGAGGAAGCUCCUCUCCCCGCCUGAAGUGCUAGAAGAAGUAUUGGUAAUGGGACUGAGGAUGAACAGAGGGAUUACCCACGAGCACUGGGCUCGAUUCUCUGGAGACGUUGGGCUACACGAAGCGCUCGCAAGCCUGGAGGUCCAGCGGUUUCAAGACGAGGGACUCUUGAUGCUGGAUGAGAGGGGUGUGCGGGCUUCGUGGGAAGGCAUCGCAGUGCUGGACGCAAUGCUCCCGGACCUCCUGCUUGCCCUGCAGCGUCACCACUGGCCGCUCGCUCUACCCCAGCACCAAGGGGGGCAGAGGGUGGGAAGGGCCCAGGGAGGUGGAGAAGCAGGACACGUGUGCGGGACAGCCGGAGUAGGAGACGGGACAACCGUAUAGCUCCAACGUUGUACCUCGCGUUGUUCAGCGUGAUGUCCGACGUUCUGCUCUAAGUGCCGGGAGCGCCACGGUUGCAAGAUGUUAACUGCCUCGCCUGCUAUGCAGGAGUUCGUGGGUUCGAUGCAGACCCUGACGCCUGUAUAUUUGGAGUUUGCAUAUCUCUCUCCCUGUGGUCGCGAGGAUUUUUCUUCUCCGCAUUUAGAAUGGACAUGCGUUUACAUUAUUUGGCUGAUAUAAAUUUCCACGUGAUAAACCAUUCAUUGCGCUAUCAUUUGUGGCCAGGUCGCUUCUGAAAAAGAGCUAUUGGCUCAGUUGCGGAGGAGAAAAAAAUCUGGCUGUUGCCUGAUGAAGCCAGUUGUAAUUACUGGCGAAACGUCGUGCUCAGUUUGUAAAUGUUGUGGCUUGGCUCUCCAACACAUUUGUGUGCUGUACUAGUGACGAAUUGGCAUGUUCUGUUUACGUGACAACCCUUACUAGUUGGCUGUGUCGGGUGGUGGCAGGUUUUAACGACACAUUUAUAUAUUUACGUGAUCUAUUAUGGAUGAUAUUGAUCGCGAAAGCCUUCGUGUUAAACUGGCUCAGUUGGCCUUAUCUGGUUUAAUAAAAAUAUUCACAUCGUUAAUAGCUUCUUUAGAGAGCAAUCUGAGCAGCUGAUGUUUCUACCUUGAUUACCUUGCGUUGCUGCCUGCUGCUGGUGUCUGACAUAGGCACUUCGAUGUUGUUCAUUUGCUUAGUCUGGGAGAAGACCAAGUUGAAUGGAACCUCGCUAUGCACAGAGCACAAUCAGAGCGGUGCGAGAAGUAUGAGAUUAAAAUCGACCACAUAAAAACCAUUGCCCACGAGGGAAAACAACGGCUCACUUUAUUGCGUUUUUGUUUGACGUGUUAAAAUUUUCUGCUAAAAGCUGAAGCGUCAUUUAACCACAGUAACCUAUGCUUCUCAUAUGUUGCGUUUACAACAAAAAGCAAGAUUGCCUUUAAUCAAUGUUAACUCCCAUUGGUUCCAUCUCUGGAGCGAAAAUAAAGCUGAGCGGGACGGUG